GGGUUCUCGCUUUCUUUGUUACACUCAGCCAUUACUGUCAUUGAUAGCAACCCUUUCAAUCAGAACUUCUACUGCUGCGAUUGUUUUGAAAGGAAGAGCUGGCCAGUCAAAUCUGAGUGUAAAAGAAAUUGGAUUUAGGAGGGAGAGGAAUCUGGUGUUUUCCGUACUUCAGGCUGCCUAGUUAAAGAAUCAAUUAGCCCGGGAUUGUAGAAUUUAAUCGGAGAAGAUAUGGCCUAUGCCGCCGUAGUUUUGCUGAUGCGGGAUCUAGAAGAACUCUUACAUUCCCAGGCACAUCCCAUUCCCAUUGGUCUAAAGAAAGAACACAUUGAAUCUCUUCACAAGGAAGUUAGCUUAUUGCAAGUAUCCCUCAAGGAUUCACAAGAGAAAAUGUAUGAUCAUGAUGUGAAAAGUUUGGAGAAACGGAUAGGUGAUGCGGCUUACCGUGCUGCAGAUUUCAUUGAUUCUCACGUGUACAUCAGCUAUAUCCGGAAUGCUGAUAUUCCGGAAAGAAAGAUCGAGUAUAGUCGGAUUUCCUUGAUCGCCCACCAAAACUUUUCUCAGAUAAUUAAAGAGAUCGAGUUGAUCAAGUUAGAGGCCUUGAAACUUUUUGAUAAACAGAUCUGUGAUACAGAAGUUCUGCCUCAUGGAAAUUCUUCAGUUCAAGACUCGUCACCAAGUUCUCUAAAUGCAGAGGACAGGCUUGUGGGCAUUGAUAAUGACAUCAAAGCACUGCUUCAUCGACUUACAGGAUUUCCAUCCCAUCGCAAAGUUAUUCCAAUCACCGGCAUGGGUGGCAUAGGUAAGACGACUCUUGCUGGAAGAAUUUACAAUGAUCCGAUUAUCAUUCAUCACUUUUAUGUUCGUGCAUGGAUCACUGUGUCUCAAGGAUAUAAUCUAUCUCUAUCAUAUCGAAUGAGAGAAAUGUUGUUGGGAAUUUUAAGAUGUUUCACCAAUAUCACAGAUGAAAUUUGCAAAAAGACUAAUGAAGAAUUAGGUGAAAAACUGUACAAAACGUUGAAAGGUAUGAGAUAUCUGAUUGUGUUGGAUGAUUUGUGGGAUGUCAAGGCCUGGGAUUUCCUUAAACAAUUUUUACCAGAUGAUGUGAUUGGAAGCCGAAUACUAUUGACUAGUCGGCACACUGAGGUAGCUGUUUAUAUCAGUUCUAAGAGUUCUGCUCAUCGCAUGCAUUUCCUGAGAGAUGCUGAAAGUUGGGAGCUUUUGGAGAGUAAGUUGUUUGCUAAAGAAAGCUGCCCUCCUGAAUUGGUCGAAAUGGGCAAGCGAAUUGCAGAAAGAUGUCAAGGGCUACCACUAGCUAUUGUUGUAGUUGCAGGGCUCCUGAGCAAUGUGAGCAGAACACUGGACUGCUGGAAGAGAAUUGCAGAGACUGUACUAUCUCUUGUUGCUGAAAAACCACAGCACUGCACGGAUAUUCUUGCAUUAAGUUACAAUUACUUGCCUAAUCCUUUGAAACCAUGCUUCCUUUAUAUGGGAGCUUUCCCGCUAGACUAUGAAAUCCCAGUAUCAAGACUCAUAUGGCUGUGGAUAGCCGAAGGGUUUAUUCAGCCAGUAGGAGGGAAACGUCUGGAAGAGGUAGCAGAGGAUUACUUGGAGGAUCUAGUAGGCAGAAAUCUGAUUUUAGUUGGAAAAAGAAGGUCUAACGGUAGAAUAAAAACUUGCCACAUUCAUGAUCUUCUGCGCGACGUAUGCUUGAGAGAAUCCAUGAACCAAAACUUUUUACAGGUAAUAAAGCGUUAUGCUCCAAUCCCUCAAAUGGAAUCAAUUUAUCCUCGGCGUAUUAGUCUCCAUGCGAGUAUCCUCCACUAUUACUACUCAAUGGGUUCACAGCCACUCACUCGUUCUUUUUUGUGCUUUGAUGUCAACAAAAUUCUGCCAGACAUAUUUCUGCUGGAAUUCUUGGUUCAAGUAGACUUCAAAUUGCUCGUGGUAUUGGAUAUUAUGCUUCUGCGUUCUAAUCAUUUUCCCAUUGAAGUAGUUGAUUUGGUUCAUUUGAGGUAUUUGGCACUCUCCACAAAUUCUGAGCUUCCUGGAUCAAUAUCCAAACUUCAGAACCUACAAACUUUGAUUAUUGAUCACAUUUGGGAGGGCCAGUACCUGCCAAGAGAAAUAUGGAGCAUGUCACAGCUGAGGCAUAUCCACUUGAAAAGGGGAUGCUAUUUUCCACUCCCUUAUAGCUGGGGAAUUGAGAGCAGCUUAACAAACCUGCAAACACUAUCUACAUUAAUAGGACCUGUCAGUUGUUCUAAGGAAGUUUAUGCCCGGAUGCCACGGCUAAGGAAAUUGGAAAUUUAUGCUACUGAAACUGACUUUGGUACCGAGUGGAUCUCGGAGUGCUUAAGGAAUCUUGUCUGUUUAAAUGAUCUUGAAACAUUGAAAUGUAAUUUUCUCUACCGACCGAGAAUGCAUCGGCUUCCAGAGCAGAAUGUAUUCCCUUCAAACCUGAAGAAGUUUACCUUAAGUGGGAGCUAUUUGCCAUGGGAAGAUAUGAAAAUUCUUGGCAUGUUACCCAACCUUGAGGUGCUUAAACUCAGAUCCUUUGCAUUUGACGGAGAUAAGUGGUCACCGGUUGAAGGAGGGUUUCUCCGACUAAAGCUCUUGGUAAUAGAGAAUUCAGAUCCUGACAACUGGGAUGCAGAUGAAUCCCAUUUUCCACGACUUCAGCGCCUCGUCCUAAAGGAAUGUACCCGCCUCAGAGAAAUUCCUGAAGGUAUUGGGGAAAUUCGGACAAUGCAACUGAUUGAAAUACAUGACUGUAGCUUUAGUGUUGUAAUGUCUGCAAGGAAAAUACAGGAACAACAAGAGGUGAUGGGAAAUGAUGAGUUGAGUGUCCAGAUAAGCUGGGGAGGUUAUCAUUCACAGAGUGAUCUCCCUAUUGAUUAUCGUCAUUCACAUGGCUGGAUGACUAAUGAAGGCAUAGAAGUUGGACACUGGCCAGUUUUUUUUCUUUAAAGAAAGAAAUGAAGCUAGCUGAAGCCUGAGAGGACAGAUUAGACUAUUGUAAUGUAGGUAGUACCUCCAAUUUUACACUUUUUUGCUGUAUUAUUCUUCUCCUUACUGUAUAUAUAAAAAUAAAAAAAUUGCAUUUCAACAUUUCAUUUUCAUUUGUGUAGUUACAAGGGCUAAAUAUGCUUACGACAUGUUUCGUAAGCUAGACCACAUGUGCAAUUUGAAUGUAGAUAAUCAAGUAUUAAUUCUUGAAAA